UCGUUGCGUCGCCAGCAGAGUCGUUGGCCGAUCGGCGCACUCUUCUUGCCGCCGCCGUUGCGUACGCCGCGCCCAACCGAGUAGGUCGUCGGACAGAGGCGAGCCGGUAGGGUCGCUUCAGCAGCUGCAACGGCCAGAGACGAAAAACGUUUGCGUACUCCUUUACUUCCUUUUAUUAAUUGCCGGCCGAAAUGCCUCGUGGAGAUCGGGAGAGCGAUUGGAGGGAAAAGGAGCAGUUCCGCAAACUAUUCAUUGGCGGCUUAAGCUUUGAAACAACAGAAGAAAGCUUGAGAAACUACUACGAGCAAUGGGGAAAAUUAACAGAUUGUGUGGUAAUGAGAGAUCCUGCAAGCAAACGUUCACGAGGAUUUGGUUUUGUAACAUUUUCAUCUAUGGCUGAAGUUGAUGCAGCAAUGGCUGCCAGGCCUCAUUCAAUUGAUGGAAGAGUAGUUGAACCAAAAAGGGCUGUAGCCAGAGAGGAAUCUGGGAAGCCUGGAGCUCAUGUUACUGUAAAAAAAUUAUUUGUUGGUGGAAUUAAAGAAGACACCGAAGAACAUCACCUCAGAGACUACUUUUCAGAAUACGGAAAAAUUGAUACAAUUGAAAUAAUUACAGAUAGACAAUCUGGCAAAAAGAGGGGCUUUGGAUUCGUAACUUUUGAUGACCAUGAUCCUGUGGAUAAAAUUGUGUUGCAGAAAUACCACACAAUCAAUGGACAUAAUGCAGAAGUAAGAAAGGCUUUAUCAAGGCAAGAAAUGCAAGAAGUUCAAAGCUCAAGGAGUGGGAGGGGAGGUAAUUUUGGCUUUGGAGAUUCACGUGGAGGUGGUGGAAACUUUGGUCCAGGACCAGGAAGCAAUUUCAGAGGUGGAUCUGAUGGCUAUGGAGGUGGUCGUGGAUUUGGUGAUGGAUACAAUGGAUAUGGAGGGGGACCAGGGGGUGGCAAUUUUGGAGGCAGUCCUGGUUAUGGAGGAGGAAGAGGUGGAUAUGGUGGAGGAGGACCUGGGUACGGCAACCAGGGUGGGGGCUACGGAGGUGGAUAUGACAACUAUGGAGGAGGCAAUUAUGGAGGUGGGAAUUACAAUGACUUUGGAAACUAUAACCAACAGCCUUCAAACUAUGGUCCAAUGAAAAGUGGAAAUUUUGGUGGAAGCAGGAACAUGGGAGGACCAUAUGGUGGAGGAAACUAUGGUCCUGGAGGAAGUGGUGGAAGUGGGGGAUAUGGAGGGAGGAGUCGUUAUUGAACCUCUGUAAGCUUUUCAUGGGCUUCACUGUAUAAAUAGGAGAGGAUGAGCCCAGAGGUAACAGAACAGCUUCAGGUUUUCGAAAUAACUUUGUUAAGGAAACACUUAUCUCAGUCAUGCAUAAAUAUGCAGUGAUAUGGCAGAAGACACCAGAGCAGAUGCAGAGAGCCAUUUUGUGAAUGGAUUGGAUUAUUUAAUAUCAUACCUUACUGUGGAGGAAGGAUUGUAAAAAUGCCUUUGAGACAGUUUCUUAGCUUUUUCAUUGUUGUUUCUUUUUAGUGGUCUUUGUAAGAGUGUAGAAGCAUUCCUUUGAUAAUGUUAAAUUUGUAAGUUUCAGGUGACAUGUGAAACCUUUUUUAAAAAAAUUUCUCUAAAAGUUUUGAAAAGCUAUUAGCCAGGAUCAUGGUGUAAUAAGACAUAACGUUUUCCUUUGAAAAAAAUUUUAAGUACGUGUGUAGAGUUAAGAAGCUGUUGUACAUUUAUGAUUUAAUAAAAUAAUUCUAAAGGAAAUGUUGUGUAAUUAUAGAUUUAUUUAAAAUAUAUUGUAAAUUAAGGCAAGGAGUGGGUAGUAGAAGGUCCCACAAAUACUAUAAAUUUGUUGUUGUACAUGUAAUAUGUUGGUUAGAUAAUGUUUUUUGUAAAUUACCAGAUUAAUACAUAGAUAACUUAAGGGAUAUCUCUGCAAAGAGAAACACCUUUUUAGAUCUUUUAGAUGCUGCUUCUUCAAUGGCAAGUAAAGGAAAUAUCCCCAGCGAGGUACUCUUCCAGGGACACAGGUCUAGUGCAAAAGAACUCUUGAGAACGGCAAUUAAGUUCAGCCAGUCUUAAAAGCUGUGCUGUACUUCUCCAAAACUUUAACUACAGUAGUUUUAAGGAUGCCAACGAGAGCUGAGGGUUCUAGAGAAAAAUAGUUCUAAGCUUCAGUUAAACCACUUUAGCUUUAUACACCAUGGACAAGCAAUAGACCUGCUGAACAAAUGAACCAGCCAAGUGUCUAAUGAUUUGCAAGGGUUCCAUCCCUGCUAUGGGUAGUUAAAAUGGAAGGUGCCAAUGCUGCAGGUAACUAAUGAAGAAGUGGUCAACCACAGAAACUUCAAGAAAUAAGAUAUUUCUUUUCUCUUCACAAAAUAGUUGGUUUUGCUGGUUUUUAUUAAACCCUUUAUAGUUUAUGGUUUCAGUUGCAGCCUAUUGUAAUUUAGUCAAAGCUUUACAAAAUGAAAGGUACACUUUUUCUAAAGUUCAGACUCACAGGAAAUCAAGAAUAAUGUAAAUAUUUGACUUUUAUAAGUGUUAUAAUAAAAACUUUUGUUUAAAAAUAUUCCUAGUCUGAUACAAUAUUACCAUUUUAUGAACAUCCCAAAUGAUUAAAAAAACCAGUUCUUCAAUGCAGUGUGGACUGUACCAAAUUACAUACUUGCGGCAUCAUUGUGCGUACUAUUAUACUGCUAUAAGAAAUGGAAAAAUAGCACAAAAUUGGCACUAAGAAGAGAGGAAAUACUAUGCUUAACUACAGAGUUUUCGGGAUCGUAUCUAUCCAUUUAUCUUCCUUUAUGCCCAGUGACUGCAGCAUAGUAUAACCUAAGCAUAGAAGAAUGAAGAAACAGCUGUAGAAAUAAUUCUAUAAAAGUCAAAUAUAACUGGGAAAUACUACAGCAUCCUACAAAAUGGGACAUAUUGUCCCUUAGCAUCUUAAGGCAGAGGUUACUUUUUUAGCAUCUAAAGAAAAAUACUGCCAAUACUGCUGGGGAAAGCAACAAUAUUCUGAAAAGGUGCUUAAGAAUUCAGUGAAAAUCAAUAAACUGUAAGAAUCUAGUUACAAAAAUGAGUUGGGCAAAAUGGCUGGUAAUUUUAUUUGUAUCCUUAUGUUUAGUACAUAAUACAAUAUAUACAAUAGCAACUGCAAAAACAUUAGGUGUAACGCAUGGAAAUACCAGUGUUAUUAAGAAUGUAUUUAGCUGAUAAUUCUGUCUUCCAUCACUGUUUAAGAACUAAAAAUUUAAAUCAGUAAGAUUUGUAGAAGAUAAUACUUCCAAUUUUUUCAGUACAUUUUGAAGUAUGGGAUUCUUAUGGAUAGGAAAAUAAAAUAAGUGGAAUAUAGUUAAUUUGGUCUUUGAAGGUAAUGAUAGAAUAAUUGCAUACAGUAGAAGCUUCUGACCACGACCAAAUCGGCUUCCAACCAAAAUGUUCACAAAAUUUUUGAAUCUGGUCAUGAACAAAUACUUGGGUGAUGAUCAAACACGACCCCUGACCCAGAAAUUCCUGAAGAUGAAACACUAGUACACAAAGAAAUCGCCAAACUUAUGGAACAAAUUAUGGUUGUGACCAGAGGCUCUAUGUAUGCCCAUUAUGAACUCUAAUUCUUAAGGCAUAUUUUAUUAAAAAGACUGAAAUAAAUGGCUGUAUUAACAUUCUUAGGUACAAGGCUGGUACUUGACUUAAGAUAGUUCUUAAGAUUGGAUGCUUUUGCAACUGCAACAAAUAUUUUAAAAUUGGGCACAUUCAUAAGAUGACUUGCUUAACAACCAGCAUGACUUAAUUUGUGAGCUCAAUUAAGGUCAUAGCUUUGUGUUUUAUAUAAAAUAUUUUCUCAAACAAUAUAGGAAUCUUAAGCAGAUUGGAAAUGAUGCUUGCAAAAUCAUCAGUGUUUUUACCAGAGAUACAUUUGUAUAAAACAGCUAAACCAGUACAGCCUAGGUAAAUACUUAUUGGUUCACUGGGCUAUGUAUUAACAAUAUUAUACAAAUUAACAUUGGGAUUAGGAAGGAACAUCCUCCCCCCCCCCAACAAAAAAAAAGUAAUAACAUCUGUAAAUUUGUAUAAAUUGUAUAAAUACAGAAGCUCGGUUUUCUGUAAAAAGUAAUUCUGUGCUGUUUCUUGUAGUUUAUUUUAUUCAGUAUACAAAUACAAGCUCUUGCAUUUCCGUGCGUACAAAUUCAUGCUCAUGGAAUCUAUGGGUAGAAUUGUAAUGUUAACAUCUCAGGAACUUCCCUAAUGUAAAAUACAGUGCUAUGUAUGCUAAUGUAUAGAAAUAUGACACAUAUUGUAGUAUGUGCACUUUGUUAUGAUAACGCUUCCAAAUACCGUAUUUUUUGCACUAUAAGAUGCACUUAGCUUUUGGGGAGGAAAACAAAUCUGCCUUUGCCUCCCAGCAGUUUUCCUCCUUACAGCAAACAGCCUGGUCAGCUUCAGCACAGCCUAAUUUAGCACUAACAGCUGAUUGGUGUUUGGAUCAGCUGUUCCAGUCUGCAGGGAUCAUCUCCACGUGUCCCAUUUUCAACCUCCAAACAUCCCAUUUUUGGCUUGAUGGCAAUAGCCACUGCUUGGAAUGGGCCGAAAAUGGGGCACAUGGAGGCGGCGGUGGUGAUCCCCACAGCCUGGAAUAGCUGAUUGUCAGUAUGGGAGGCCAAUCCAACCGCCAAUCAUCUGCUCAUGCUAAAUCAGACUAUGCUGAACAGCAAGGAGGCAAAUUGGAGGCCGAGGUUGAAGGGUGGGGACUGGAGGGUUGGUGGGGCUUCAACAUUUGCUCUAUAAGACGCACAGACAUUUCCACCCACUUUUUGUGGGGGGGAGAAAUGCGUCUUAUAGUGUGAAAAAUACGGUAAGUAGCAGAUGUAGCAUUUAGGCUAUAGCAUCAAUUGGGAUUGGAAAUUCUGUUACUGAGUGAUGCAAUCCUAAAGCAUCAUAACACGAGGAUUCUUCAUGUGUUAAGCAAUGGCAUGAUUGCUGGGGGACACUGGUGCUGCAUAGUACAGAUGGGUGAAGUAGCUAGAGGGAGUAUGGAAUGUUGCAAAUGGCAAUUAUAUGACCAUGGAUCACCAACCAUAAGUACAUGCCAGUUGUCAAGUGGCCAAUUUUUGAUAACAUGACCAUGGGAUGUUGUGAGGAUUAUGUGAGGAUUGGUCAGAGGUCACUUCAGUGCUGCUGUAACUAUAAAUUGCAAAUUGAGGACUGUCUACACCCUGGAAAUGAAUAAUACACCCUUGAUUUGAAAAAUUAUCUAUAACCAACUCUUGUAAAAGUGAGACUUAACUAGCUGAACAUGGAAAGUAAAGCAAAUAUUUGUCAGAAAGAGUGGGAGUCUAGCUCAUAUACCUCAGCCCCAACUGCCAAUAGCUAGUGAAGGCCUGCAUGGUUACUCUUAGGAACACCCAUUGUCUUGUACAUGAAAAGCAGUGAUAUUUUUUAUUUUUAAAAGCUCCCUUAUCUGCAACUAGUGAAAUUGCGGGUGAUAUGAUUUUUUGUGGUCAUGCACAUUAACAUCCGUAUUCAUGCGCAAGCUGAAUAAAUUAUACUGAACAAAUAUAAAAUGGGUUUAGUCUAUUUUUAAAGUUACCUAGGUUGAAAUUCUUUAAAACAGUAAAAUUAGGCAAGGAAUACAAUUCAAGUUUUUCUUCUGGCUUCUUACAAAUGCAAUCCUUAAGCACGAUUUUAAAUUUUCGCCUAUCAUAAUUGUUUCAGUUUGGGGACUCCUGGUUGAUUUCUGUUUUAGGUAAGAAUAAUAUAGUACAAUUUCCACAACACUGAAGGGCACAUUGGCUUGUAUUAAUUGUUCCUUGGUCAUCUCUCAAUUUACUGAAAACGUUCCAGCAAAGAUCAUUCAGUUUUUGUUUUAUAUUGCGAAUUGACCUUUUGUAUUGUGCUUUCUGUUUCUCAAGCUUUUCAGUCUGCUUCUGAAGACGAUACACUUCAUCUUUCAGGUUCAUAAUUGCAUCUAGUUUACGUUUACGGCAGUUUUGAGCAGCAACUUUGUUUUUUCCUCUUCGUCUUAUAUCACGAAUGAGUGACCGUUGAUUAUCUGUUAGGUAGUAGUUUGAUAACAUGCUAUUAAAAGAUGCUACAGGCAAGGUCACUAUAUCAUAAACAGAGAAUGGAAUUUUCAGGGGGUUUGCCUGGUAUUCACAAUUUUGAUUUGUAUCAUUUUCAUUUUCAGUUCUUUUGGAUUCUUCUGGCCAUCUUAAGUAAUCCUCUGAUACUGAGAAUGUCAGCUGUUGUAAAUCCUGAUUGUAUGUAUGAUCAUGGAAUAUACCUACUAGUAAUUUUGUCCCAUAGUCAUAAUUGCUUUGAUGCUUUGUAUGGCAAUAUUGUAAGCAACCAUCUCUUACAGCUACUGAAUCAUUUGAUAUGCCAAAGUUGGCAUCCUUGUCAGAAGACAAUACAAGGGAUGCAUUACUGUAAUUUAAGUCUAAAGAAAGUCCAGAAUCUGAAUCUCGUUCUUCAAAAUGAUAGGUUUCUGCAAAGUCAAAAUUUCCUUCCAUGGUUAAUGGCAUGAAAUGUAUUUUCUCAUAUCCAUUUUCAUUCAGGCUGAAAAAGAAAUCUUGGUUUGUAAGACUUGUGCAGCAAUGAUCAUUUGCAAAUAAUUCUAACAUGUUGGUCUCGUUCAUUGGAGAUGUAUUUAAGUUGGGUAAAAUCUCUAGCCUGUCCACGUCUGUUACAUUAGUGUGAUCUGAUCCCAUCACUGUGGCAUCGUGAAGGCUCACAUCAUGACUAAUCGCUUGGGCUAAAUCUGUAGGGAUCUGAUGAAAGUUUGUCAAAUUCACAUUUUCACUGUUGCUUGCUUGUUUCUGAAAGGGUGUAAAAAAAAGUUUGUUAAAGGUGAAUCAUGUAAGUCAUUUGAAAAAAUUACCAGGUUGAACAUAGGUUCAAAGGUGUUUUAGAACAGAUAAUCACAGUUAUUUUCAAAGGAAUCCUUGGUCUAUUACCACGUCUUUGCUACAGGACUGCAGUGUAUUCAAGAUCAACAAACACAAAACAUCGUUUUUUUUAUUCUCUUGAUGAAAUUGACAUGCCGUAUUUGUACCUGUCGUGCUGAAAUUGGUCUGUAUUGGGGACUGCAUUAUGACCAGUAUUCAGCAUAGCGACUCUUCGGCUCUGGCUUCUGCAGCAAAAGAUUGUCGUGAAAGCAGGUGUUGGCAACCCACGGCUAUGGAGCUGCAUGUGGCUUUUUAAUUCGUCUGCUGAGGCUCCCUGUUGCUCAAAAUGUGCCUCAACUGUCAAUGUGCAACACGAUUUACUGAGCUUUCUAACCCCCGGUCGGCCAACCCUGCCUGGAUAAAUCUAAGGACAAAAAUUGCAGAAGAAAAUGUUUAAUGGUACACGGGCAGAUCAGAUCCAUUUGCUUUCAUUGCUGAUGAGACUGGUUCACCAGUAUACUUAAUACGUGGUGAGAAAUUGGCAAACAAAAAGUCAAAUGGUUCAAGACAUUUCCAGAAUAAAAACAGCCUUUGCUGAAAAUAUCAGGAUGGAGAUGAGAAAAAAAAAGCCAUUUUGGAACUGAUGCGGAAAGUUGAUCUGAGCAAAAGUUUCAAGAAAUGGAUGAAAUCUGCAAAUUCAACUACAUGUGCUAAUUUGUUGGCUGCUCAAAAGAUAGGCACCGGAAGCCGUUCACAAAUGGAGAUACAUAAAAGAAUCAUGAUUUCAAUACACCCACUGGACUUCAAAAACGAGUGAAAUUGUGCAGAAAAAUAGAUAUGCCUCUGCUGUGUUGAGGUUCAGGAGCAAAAAUCACAUUAACCCACCAGUGUGCAUGAUAAAAGGAUGAUGGCACACAGAAAUGGACAGCAUUUUGUUUGCUGCAGGUGGAUAAUUUAACUUUGGCUUUAUUUCAUAAAUAUGAGGACUCAAAUAGACAUUGAGUAUUUUAUUUCAAAGUAAUCUUCAAUCCAGUGUCCUUUUUGGGGUGUUCAAAAUGUUUUUGUUGCAUGCAGAAAUAAAAAUUUGUUUACUCUG